CAUUGUGCGUUAUCUCCAAUUGGAAUUGGAUCCACUUUCUUCGCGAAAUCCCCAUUGUUUGGUUUCAUUUGGCGGCCCCCCUCGCAGCGGAAUCCAGUGUGGGCAUGGCAACGCAGCGGAUGACCGCCUGCAUUUAGUGUCCAGCCAGCGACGAGCGAUGACCGUUUGGGGCAUAGAGGCCAUCACACUGAACGGAUCGGCGGUAAAGGAAAGUGGGGAGUACCUUCCGGGGAAGGAAGAAAUUCGGGUGAUACCUGUAGCUGGAGCCAUGAACUCCGUGGAGCGCUACCGGCAGGAGUGGCAGCUGCUGCUGGGCAACCUCGAUGCGGAGCCGGAAAGCCUCCGGCAGGCGGCAUUCGCCGGUGACCUUAAGAUGUCCAAGUUCCGGAGCGUCCACUGGGCCCUCCUGCUGCGCGUCCUGACCUCUGAGCACCGGAGCUGGGUCAGCCAGCGGCUGCAGCAACGAGUGAGGUACGACAAGUUCCGGUCGGACUACGUGCGGAAUCCCCACCAACUGGCCGUGGACUGCAACGAUGAUCCGCUGUCGCAGUCCACGCAAAGCGUGUGGAAUCAGUACUUCAGCGACCAGGAACUGUUCGCCGUCAUCCGGCAGGAUGUGGUGCGCACCUUCCCGGGCGUGGACUUCUUCCGCAAGCCACUGGUGCAGAACGCCAUGGUGAACAUACUAUUCUAUUACGCCAGGGAGCACCCGUACAUGUGCUAUCGCCAGGGCAUGCACGAGAUCCUGGCGCCCAUCAUCUUCGUGGUCUACAGCGACCACCAGUCUUUGCUGCACUUCAGCGAGCUGGCCAAGACGGACAUCAAUCCCACGCUGCUGGACGUGCUGGAUCCCGCCUACCUGGAGGCGGAUACCUACUCUUUGUUCUCCCGCCUCAUGGCCUCCGUGGAGUCGUACUAUCGCGUCUCGAAUCUGGUCUCCACGCCCGGUGGCCACAUCGAGCAGCGAGCCGAGAGCCCCGGGGACAAUGGGACGCCGACGGAGGCGGAGGUUAUCGGCCAGCUGAACUUCAUACGGGACAAAAUACUCGCCAAGCAGGACCAGCACUUGCACCACUAUCUCCAAAAGAUGGAAAUCCCGCUGCACAUAUUCGGCAUUCGGUGGCUGCGACUUCUCUUCGGAAGGGAGUUCAUGCUGCUGGACCUUUUGCUGCUCUGGGAUGCCAUCUUCGCGGACAGCGAUCGCUUCGACCUGCCCAACUACAUUCUGGUGGCCAUGCUGGUCCACAUCCGUGAUAAACUGCUCCUUAGCGACUAUACCACAUCGUUGACAUAUCUCAUGCGCUACCCCGGCAACGUGGACGUACAUCUGGUGCUGCGGCAUGCCCUGUUCAUGCUCAAUCCCAAGCAAUUUGACUAUCCCGCCAAUGCCUUUACCUGUGUGUCCUUUGCCAACAACUCUGCGGGCAAGGAAGUGCCUCCACCAGCGGGUCAGCGGCCGAGAACCGCCUCGGAAACCUCUUCUGGGGCCACCAAUAGCAGCCAGAUCGAUCGGCAGAUCACCUAUAUGCAGGAGCGCAAUGCGGAGGACUCCUCAGCGUUGGCCAAACUGCACGACACCCACCGCGUGGCCAUGGAUGGCUAUUUGGAGAAUAGUCCUGAGCUGCUCCGAUUGGAGCUGAAGAAUGCCCAAACAGUGAUUAAGAUAGCUCGGAGCAAGUUGCAGAACUACCUGGGCACGGUGCGUCAUCAUGUGGGAAAGCAGGCGAACGGCAACGAGGAGCUGAGUCGCACGCUGGACGGGAUCGAGGAACUGUGCAGCUUCUUGGACGUAAAGUUCAUGUUCCCCCUCCACUCGCGAUCUGCGCCCAUCGAUCAGGCUUUGGAGGCCAACGAGCAAAAGCAGCUGAACACGAACCGCAUACCGCCCAAGGCCACACCAGCUUCCACUCCCGCGACAGCACCAAUAGUGCCUUCCCCAGCUGGUGGCUAUCAGAUGCCCGAGAACGCCUUCAUGCACAGCUCCAUGCGACGUCUCCUCGGGGAACUGAAGGAAAUCGAGUUGUCUACGAUAACUAGCGACGAGAAGCCGGGAAAUGCAGUGCUCCAAAAUGGAUUGCCGGCUGCGGAGCCCCAGCAGCGGCACCAAAACGAAUUGAGCUGAUCGAAAGAUGAUCUUCUAACGACUGAACUUGAAUUUAGACUUAAAUGGAGCAACCACAAAGUGGCUGACUCGGAAUAAGAGUAUCAUUAAAAGACCAUACAGUUUA